GACCAUGAGAUCCAGACCAAAGCUCAGAGGCCAGAGCAGCAGCACACACCAGACUCUGCUGGACCUGGACCUGAACAUGGACCUGAGCCCAGCUGUGUGUCCAUGAAGAGUGACAGGUCAAAGGAUGAGCCCAUUCAUUUCAAAGGACAACCUCCCUCUGCUGCAAAGAAGAUCCAUCAGAGACCAGACUUCCCUGUACCUGAGCCCAGCUGUGUGUCUAUGAAGAAGAGUGACAAUUCAAUUGAUCGCCUCAUUAAUUUCAAAGGACAGCCUCCCUCUGCUGCAAAGAAAGUGGACCAGGAGAGCUCAGAGGUUCCCAGUGCUCAGUCUGCCCAGCAGCGUCAAACACACCUGGACUCCAUAUUUAUGCUGCUGGAGGAGAACAUUGCCACUUUUGUGAAGACGGAACUGAAGAAUAUCCAGAAGGUUGUGAAUCCAGAUUACCCAGAAUGCUCAGAGAGUCAGAGGGAGGAUGAGGAGGUGUUGGACAGUGAGGAUGAAGAGCAGAGGAGGAGCAGCAGAGAGGCUUUUGUUAAGAUCACAAUCUCCCACAUCAAGACUUCACGAAGCCUCCACAUCAUGUGCCACAUCCCGGUCUUCUGCUGGAUCACUGCUACAGUUCUGGAGGAUGUGUUGGAAACCAGAGAGGGAGGAGGGCUGCCCAAGACCCUGACUGAGAUGUACAUCCAAUUCCUGGUGGUUCAAUCCAAACUGAAGAAUGUUAAGUAUGAUGGAGGAGCUGAGACAGAUCCACACUGGAGUUCAGAGACCAGGAAGAUGAUUGAGUCUCUGGGAAAACUGGCUUUUGAGCAGCUGCAGAAAGGAAACCUGAUCUUCUAUGAAUCAGACCUGACAGAGUGUGGCAUCGAUAUCAGAGCAGCCUCAGUGUACUCAGGAAUGUUCACACAGGUCUUUAAAGAGGAGAGAGGACUGUACCAGAACAAGGUGUUCUGCUUUGUCCAUCUGAGUCUUCAAGAGUUUCUGGCUGCUCUUCAUGUCCAUCUGACCUUCAUCAACUCUGGAGUCAAUCUGCUGUCAGAAGAACAAUCAACCUCCCUGUGGUUUCUCUGGUUUUAUCUGUUCAGAGACAAACCUGAUCCAACACAGCUCUACCAGAGGGCUGUGGAUAAGGCCUUACAGAGUCCAAAUGGACACCUGGACUUGUUCCUCCGCUUCCUCCUGGGUCUUUCACUGCAGACCAAUCAGACUCUCCUACGAGGUCUGCUGACACAGACAGGAAGUGGCUCACAGACCAAUCAGCAAACAGUCCAGUACAUAAAGAAGAAGAUUGAAGAGACUCCCUCUGCAGAGCAAAGCAUCAACCUGUUCCACUGUCUGAAUGAGCUGAAUGAUCGUUCUCUAGUGGAGCAGAUCCAACAGUCCCUGAGUUCAGGACGUCUCUCCACAGGUGAACUGUCUCCUGCUCAAUGGUCAGCUCUGGUCUUCAUCUUACUGUCAUCAGAAAAAGAUCUGGACGUGUUUGACCUGAAGAAAUACUCUGCUUCAGAGGAGGCUCUUCUGAAGCUGCUGCCAGUUGUCAAAGCCUCUAACAAAGCUCUACUGAGCAGCUGUAACCUCUCAGAGAGAAGCUGUGAAGCUCUGUCCUCAGUUCUCAGCUCCCAGUCCUCUAGUCUGAGACACCUGGACCUGAGUAACAACAACAAGCUUCAGGAUUCAGGAGUGAAGCUGCUGUGUGGUUUUCUGGAGAGUCCACACUGUAGACUGGAGACUCUGAGAUUGAGGUUCUGCAGGUUGUCAGAGAUCAGCUGUGCUUCUCUGGCCUCAGCUCUGAAGUCCAACCCCUCCCAUCUGAGACACCUGGACCUGAGUGACAACAAGCUGCAGGAUUCAGGAGUGAAGCUGCUGAGUGGUUUUCUGGAGAGUCCACACUGUAGACUGGAGACUCUGAGAUUGAGUUCCUGCAGGUUGUCAGAUAUCAGCUGUGCUUCUCUGGCCUCAGCUCUGAAGUCCAACCCCUCCCAUCUGAGACACCUGGACCUGAGUAACAACGAGCUGCAGGAUUCAGGAGUGAAGCUGCUGUGUGGUUUUCUGGAGAGUCCACACUGUAGACUGGAGACUCUGAGACUGAGCAGCUGUAACCUCUCAGAGAGAAGCUGUGAAGCUCUGUCCUCAGUUCUCAGCUCCCAGUCCUCUAGUCUGAGACACCUGGACCUGAGUAACAACGACCUGCAUGAUUCAGGGGUGAAGCUUCUGUCUUCUGGACUGAAAAGUCCACACUGUACCCUGGAGACUCUCAGGCUGUCAGGCUGUCUGAUCACAGAGGAAGGCUGUGCUUCUCUGGCCUCAGCUCUGAGCUCCAACCCCUCCCAUCUGAGAGAGCUGGACCUGAGCUACAAUCAUCCAGGAGACUCAGGAGUGAAGCUGCUGUCUGCUGGACUGAAGGAUCCAAUCGACACAAACACAGUAAACAGAAACCUCAAACUGUCUGACAACAAAAGGAAGGUGACACGUGUGAAGGAGGAUCAGUCAUAUCCUGAUCAUCCAGACAGAUUUGACCAGUGGCCUCAGCUGCUGUGUAGUAAUGGUCUGACUGGUCGCUGUUACUGGGAGGUUGAGUGGAGAGGAGGAGUUUAUAUAUCAGUGAGUUACAGAGGAAUCAGAAGGAAAGGAGACAGAGAAAACUGUGUGUUUGGAUGGAACGGUCAGUCCUGGAGUCUGAGCUGCUCUGAUGGUGGUUACUCUGUUUGGCACAAUAACAGAAAGACACCUGUCUCCUCCUCCUCCUCUUCAUCAUCUUCAUCAUCUUUCUCUGCCUCUCACAGACUAGCAGUGUAUGUGGACUGUCCUGCUGGCUCUCUGUCCUUCUACAGAGUCUCCUCUGACUCACUGAUCCACCUCUACACCUUCAACACCACAUUCACUAAACCUCUGUAUCCUGGGUUUAGUCUCUGGUGGCCUGGUUCCUCAAUGUCUCUGUGUAGAGUGUAGCAGAGAGAGUCUCCUCCUGUUAGAGAAACUCUCUCACUGUUGAACAGAUAGUUCAGUCUGUACAUGUCUGUCUCUUUCACUCACACACUCCUUUUCAGAUU